UGUAGGCGUGACCGAACCGGCUUGCCUCCAUGACAGGCUCUAAGGAAACCACCAAACCAGCAAGUCAGUCAACACACUGAGUGCAAGUCAUCCUGACUACAUAGUUUUUAAAACAGUUGUGGGUGACUGUGCUUACUGUCUGCUGCCCAGCUCUUCAGACAGCCGCCGGUUGUCAGCGUGAACGCGCACGUCGACGUAGCGGGCACUGAUUUAGCAGCGUGUUAGCUCGCUGCAGAGAACCACAUGGACCCUCAAAACAGCAACAUGAACGGCGAGGCGAAGAUGAUGCUGAGCCACGCCAAGACUCUGCGGCUGCACACCGGGAACCUGGUCAACCGAAGUCGGCUGAAAAAGAAAUGCCCAGGCUCCCCCAGCGAAGAGCUUCAAGACUGCAUUCAAGCCACGCUGAGUGAUUGGUUUGCCAUCACAAAACCGCCAUCAAAGGAUUUUUCAGACACUGUGGACUGCUCCAUUCCCCAUGCAACUGAUGCUAUUACGCCUGAAGAGAGGGAUGAACUGAGGGUUACAGUCAAGCUGUUCCUGUGCGAGUCGGUUGAUUCCUCCAUCAGAGACGCGGUGGAGAUGGUCUGCCAGACGCUGGCAGUGUCCCAGCUUGACUCUGUUAUCAUUGCGCCACCUUGGCCGCUGGAAGGUGACCGCCAAAGUUUGGCCCACCUUCAGCCAGCUUGGGAGGAGCUGGAGGCUCUGGUCAGGAGCCAGCGCAUUGCUGCUAUUGGCACCUCUGACCUGGACAAAGAAAUGCUGGAACAGCUCUAUAACUGGUCUCAGGUGAAGCCCAGCAGUAACCAGGUGAACUUGGCCUCCUGCUGUGUGAUGCCUCCUGACCUGACUGCCUUUGCCAAGGAGUUUGACAUCCAGCUGCUCACACACAACGAUUCGAAAGAGCUGAUGUCAGCGGCCACAUUCCAGGAGUCGGUGCAGGAGGGAACCCAGGACCUGAACAUAGCUGACUGGAGGCUGGAGUGGGUCCUUCGCUACUCCAUUAUUGUGAAGAGCAGGGGCAUUAUCAAGGCUAAGGGCUACCUUGUCAGUGCGAGGAAGGCGAGCCCCUAGCACACUCCACUAUGGAAGACACAUGGAUCAAGCCAUUUUCCUCCCUUUUCGUUGACAUACACACAAAACAUGCAAAGUAAUAGCUCUGAUUAAUGGAUGCUGCCAUUCACCAUGAGUCUUGGUGUCAUUGUUUUAUCUUACGGAUAAGGUUGCAUCCUGAUUAUGUACAAUUUCCUCAUUUUAACUGAUGCAGUUAUUCAUUACCCUCAUCUCAGUGAGAUCAAAAAUAGGAGAUGAACAUGCAAUAUCAACUCAAGUGUCAGUUUCAAAAGAAUAGACUGUGAAAGUUAGUUUCACAGACGACCAAUCCAUUGACAGAUCAGCCAUUUCUUAACACAGUAGAGGCUGCUUUAAUGAUGGAAAAUGGCGGCUAAACUUUGAUCCAAGGGUUCCUUGUUCUGACUUGAAGUGCCUCUCAUCUUUUUCUCUUCCUGUCCUCAUACCUGCUUUGUCUCCACUGUGUCUGUGUGAAUCAAGCUUUAAAUAUACUGGUUUGAAUGAAAAGUUUCAGAGUAGGUUAAGCAAAAGUGAAAAGAAGAGAUUUGUUUUUUAGUACAGAAUGAUUCCAAACAUUUUUAAACGGCAUAUGGAAAAAUUGGAAAUGGAAACAAAGUUUAUUGUUGCAAUUCUUACUGUAUUUGCAUUCCUCAAUUGAGAAAUUAUAUGUGCUAAUUCAAAUCAAACUCCCAACGAGAUGUUUAUUUUAUGAUGACGAUUGACUGUAAUUGGUGAAAAAGAAAACUAUAUAAUGUAUACAACUUUAUUUUAUCAGGCAUUUAUUUUCUGACCAUGUUUAUCCACUACUGUUCUCAUGAGAUUAAUUUGAGGGUUGAAAGUACAGCAAUAUUUUGAGAUUGACAUGCAUAGCAGGCGUUCGUCCUCUAUAUGCAUUGUUGUUAAAGCACUGGAAACUCCGUGCCAAGGAGAUGGUAAAAUAUGUCAACACUGAGGAAGAUGUUUUUAUAUAAGAAUCAUGGUUGUUUUUUUCCAGACAGGAUCCAGUUAAUCUCAUGAAGAAAAGUUAUCUGUUGUACUGUAAACAUAUUUAAUGCUGCCAUAUAUCUGUAUAUCAUGAAUUGGCUUUAUUAAAAUCACGAAAGUUAUCUCUUAAUGUCAACACUGGUGUAAAAUAUUUAAAAGAUGGAAUAACCCUGGACUAGUGUAUUUUUUUUUUGUUGAUAAUACAAUCAAGAUAUUGGUGCUACAAAGAAAUUAGCUAAAUUAAAGAAGAACAACAAGGACAACUCCACCAUUGUUGAAAGUGCUGCUUUAAGCUCUCAGCUGAG